AUGCUAUCUAGCAAUCUGUGGCCAUCUGCUAGAAAAGAAACUCUGCUGAGAUUGAUCAGCGUUGCAAUCGGUGCUACCAACGAAGAAAGAAAAUCGCUCAACUUUUUGCCUGCUGUACUACAAACUUUGGGUCUGCUCCUUUCCAAGUCCAUGAUGUCGCUGGAAGUAACAAAGGAGCGCGCUAAAGAUUUCUGCCACGAAUUGCUUGAUCUGGCACAGCUCAACACGACCGUUGCAUUCGUGCUCUCUAAGGCAAUUCUCAACGCAGUACACUUAAAUCUUCUUAGCUCUGACUGGGCAGACCUAAUCUUCGCUCUUGCCGUAUUUGGUCCGAUACCCAAGAAGGAAGCGCGUGUUGUUGAUGCAGCUUAUGAGAUGAUUUAUAAGGAGGUUGCACAUGAUGUAGAUGAUCUACAGAAGUAAGU